UUUGUCACUUUGGGCCGAGGCGGGUUCUUUCCUUCAAAUGGGCACAGUGGCAUGUUCCAGUUGCAUUCUCCCCCGUGGAGUGCUGAAAUAAGCAACCAAGUAGAGGCCUUCAUCAAAGGGGGGCCGAGGAGCAUCAAGACGUAUGUUACGGAGUACAGGAUGGCUGCCCUCGGCUUCGUGCGGUAUUAUUGCCCCGGGGAUGUGGACGAUGACCUCUGGCCGAAGAUGGAUGGGUCUUAUGAGCAGGCCGACGGGCCCCGCCUUGGUGUGCCAUCCGAAGCCGAAGGUUUCGAGAUGGAUCGUAUAUCUUUUAUGGCCCGUGCCGCUAGGAAGGCCGAUGCGGAGCUCAAGGCCGCCCAGGCUGCUGAGGCAGCGAAGAAGUCUGCUGGCAGCUCUCAAGGAGGUGUUGAAGCUGC